GCGCAUUUUGUGAACGUACCGCUUACAGUGUGCUUUCUGAAGUCCUGAUGGAGUUCGCCGAAGCUUUGCUUUCUUGUGACAAUGCAGACUUUGAGCGUAUUCUGUAUGAUGAAGUCAGAACACAGGCGUUCACUGUAUGUGCUCCUCAAGUCAUGAAACCACCUGAAAAUCUGGGAUCAGAUUCAUUCGGUGAAAGUGACUUUGAGUCAGGCAAAUCAGAAUAUUGUGCACUAGAAAAGACUCUAUUCCGUAGUUUUGAGCAGUAUAUUGCAGGCAGAGAUAUAAUGACGAGCACAGAAGAUUCGGGUGAGUGCGCAAACCGCUUAGAGUGUCACUUGCGCUCAUUGGCUCCAGCCCAGCAAGGAAUAUGUGGUCGAAUAUUUCAAGCUAAUGAACCAACCUAUUGUUGCAGGGAUUGUGCUAUGGAUCCAACAUGCGUUCUGUGUCGAGCUUGUUUCUUCAAUAGUGCACAUAUGAAGCAUAACUACAAGAUUAGCACGUCAUCUGGUGUUGGCUAUUGUGAUUGCGGUGAUCCUGAAGCUUGGCGGUCAGAUGCUUGGUGUGAGCUGCACAAAGGUUCAUCAGAACAUCCUGAAGGCGGGGACAUCGAGGAGAAAGUUGUUCCUUCUAAAUUAGACGAUAUUAAUGAUAUUGAUGUCAAACUAAAAGCUGAACUUGACCAUCUUCGUCAACGAAUUAAUAGUCUCCCACCAGAUGUUGUUAGGCGGACAGGAAGAUUGUUGAAGCCUUUACUGAAUAGUGCAGCUCUCUGCCUUACUGAUUUAAUCCAAGGCACGCAUCGUUUAACAACUGAAAUUUUGAGCAGUCAACUACGUAAAGGUGGUAGCUCAAUAACCGAAAGUUCAUCAGAAACAGGUGUUGCAGAAGAAAAGGUCCUAAUUGAUGAUUUAUGGUCUACAGAUGACGGCGUAGUUGAUUAUACAUUGGACAAUGAAGGUGUAUGGGAGUCUUGGCCUCCACCAAUGUCUCAUAUUCCUCUUGUCUUGUCUGUAGAUGAUGCUCUAACGUUAGGAUAUGAUAAUUGGCCGAGAACUGCCUCUAUGCAUCGUUCUUUACACGAUGUUGAAGCCCGGUGCUUAGCUCAGUUGGAAAGAGCUAGGAUUUAUCAUCCGAGAUUAUUCCCUCCAAGGCCUAUGCGUACAGCUUCUGAUCGCACUGCUGCUUCCCGAGCGUUCCUGGUACUACUUUAUAACAAUGAAUAUCACAAUUAUGAACAGGUUAUCAAAACGUUGAGACGAGUUCUAGACUGUACGACCCAGGAAGGUACACAUCAUGCAGUACUUGUUAAUUGCGAUGGUCGUACAGUCCUUCAAAUGAAUUUUACUAUAACACAAGCUGCCAAUUUAGCAUCAGCUUUGAUGCGUACCUCUACAAGUCUGUCUUCACGCCCGUUAAAGUGUGAAGCUCAACAUGCAGACAUCUAUUCAUUAGAAGUAUUUUUCUCCCUAUUCCUUCGUUGGUUACGUAGAUUUUGUGAUCAAGUGCCUAGUUUAAGACCUGUUAUUUGUCAUGCAAUAUUGGGUCAUUUCCCUGAAAUUGAUAAUGCUGUUAAAAAAUCUACACAACCAGAUAUCUUGCCUAUUCUACCACAUAGUGAUAUGGUUAAAGAUGAUUCAUUUUUAAGUUUUAUUCUAGCUCGUCAUAGCCUAUCAUGGAGAUCCGUUCGACAAGAAAUGUUACGUCUUAUCAUGAGUGUACUCUUGAAGGAUAAUUUCUAUCGCGCUGUGUUCGCAAUUAAAUUUAGCAGAUUGUAUACUAGGUUACUUCAAAAUCAUAUAUACGAUGAUCAUUUGGAUGGUGAUACUCUGUGCAGUUUGAGUUGUCAAUUCUAUACAGUAACCAGUUUGGCACGUCAAUUGCUGGAGCACAACAGUGUCCUUAGUCGAUUAUUAUCUCGAUUGGCUAGUGCAUUUGAGUUUAAUUCAAUUUUACUACCACAUUUUUAUUUACCAACCACCUAUCAAAAUAUACAAGUAGAUAUUCAAGAAGAACUAACCGUCUCAAAUUUAAAUAAUGAUGCAAAUAUUUCAUGGUUAAAUUCUGCUUUUGACUUAUUGAGACGUUUGAAUCCAUUCGAAUGGGGUUUAUCUACUCGCGCAAUGUCUCCAGCCAACUGUUCUUACGUAAACCCACGUGUCUUAGCAUGGCCAGCUGGUAACACACUAGGUCGUUCAUUGUUUCAUCCUUUUGAAAGAUUAUUCGGCGUAAUUCAUGAUGUUGAUUAUAUUCUGGCCAGUUUAACAAAUGUCCGACCGCUAGCUAACGAUGAAAUUAUCUCAUCGUCAUCAACAACGACACGAAAUAGUUGGUGGACACAAGCUGCACGAUUGUCUUACAUGGAAUAUAUACGGAAACUUUUAUAUAUGCUUAGUUUUGUACAAGAUAUGAACGGUAUGCAACGUCAGACACAAGCUCAUGUGGAAGAAGAGUUGGAAUGGGCCAGCGGGUUUUAUAUCAUGAGUGUAUUAAUAAGUCUACUUGGCUUAACUGUGCAGGUAGCCAGUUCAGAUUAUGAACUGUACAAGCUGGUAUUAUGUGAAGCUCGUCAGGCGUUUGAAAUGCGAAUUGGCAUAAUGGACCGACGAUUCCGUAUUAGAGCGCUAUCGUCUAUAGAUGAGAAACCAGAGGAUAGCAAAAAUACCCAGUCAAAUGAUAAUCCUGAUAAAAUACAUUUCCAUUCACUUGGUGUGACUACUGAAGUAUAUAUUUAUGAUGUAUUACUAUAUCGCAUAAGUUCAAUACAGCCGAUUCCACGUUUCUUGGCAAGCCUAUAUGGACAUGGUUUGGAAAUGGGCCUCACUUUCAGAGAAUUGGGUUUAUUAGAUCAGGCAUUUCUCAAUCUGCUGAUCGAAAGACCUUUACAAAUUUUUGCUUUUUGUGCUCAAUAUAAUGCUAAAAUGUGGGUGCGUAAUGGAUACGCUGCACAACAGUCUAUCACAAAUCUGUUCAAUCCUUCAAUGCGUGUGGAGUUAGUUGACCGUGAUAUUCAGCUAUUGCAAAUAGCGAGUUGUGUACUACCGCCGGAUGAAUUUAUCAUCCGUUUAGUACAUAAAUUUCAUUUGGGUAACUACUUGAGAAGCGAUGCGUCAUCAAAGGAGCCUGGACCUGGUCGUGUACAAGCUGUUGAAAUGUUGUUACGUGUAUUACUUUCUUGUAUUACUAAUCGGUCACGUCCUUCAAUUGGUCAAUUUACUAAGGAGUAUUAUUUAUGCAACAAUAAUCGUAGUAUUGGUUCUAAUUGCCUAAAUGAUAUAGUCCUUGAUAUGGAUUCAGAAAUUUAUUAUCCUAACCUAAUCAGUGAUGUCAUACAUACUCUAUGCUCUAAACCUCUGAGCUAUAGUGAAUUAUUAUCUAUGUUACCAUAUCAAAGUACAAGCUGUCUGUUAAUGAAAAUUAAUACUGAGGAGUUGGAUGUGUUGAAGCAACAACAUCAUUCAAAAGACUCUGACGCAGAAAUGACAUCAGAGGAAUCGCAGUCUACAGCAUCAUGUUCUAUGGAGAUUGGCCCAAGACCUGUUCUACCUGCUUCUGUGUCUAGAAGCGCUAAUAAACGUGCUAUGGAAAACGCUUUACCUAAAAUAUUACGUAAAGUAGCAGUUCAAUCAUCCGUUAAUGGUCGCACUCUGUUUAGUCUGCGACCAGAAAUUUUGGCUUAUCGUUUUGAUCGAUUCUACUGGGGGUAUCGACAACCAGAGCAAACAACAGCUGAAGCAAGUGUUUCUAAAUGUUUAAAGAAGUGGAUACAAGAACAGAACAAUCCAGAUUUGAAGAACUUACCUAUCCCACCACCCCCACCUCGCCCUUUACAUAGCUUUAUACCAUCUGUUCGUCCAGGUCCUCUAAGACUUCUGCGAUCUGUUACUUUUGUACGUUUAAUCAAAACACUAUUGGAAAUAGCUAAUUCUCAUGGUACAGCGGCUUCAUGGUGGUCACACAGUUUACUAGAUCUCGUGUUACAUUUAAUUAUUGUUGCGUUAUAUGAAGAUGAAUUAGAAGGAAGUAAAACAGGCAGAUAUCCUUUCCUGGAAGCUGUUGCACGUGUACCAGUAGAAAAUGAAUCAGAUAUUCAAUUGAGGCAAUUAGCACUUUCGCAUCAUUGGUUGAAACCAUCUCCAGAUGAUCAUUUGAAAAUCUCCGCUGCUCUAGAAGAUAAUUGCAUAACUUCCAGACUUCUGCGAAUAUUGAAUUCCUCUUAUCACGAUGAACAAUCAGAUUUGAUAAGAUGGACUCUGAAUCAUUGGAGUAAAGUUGUUGAAAAUAUUACUGGUGAUCAAACUCCAUCCGAAACAAUAAAUAAGCCUUCACCUUAUCAGCUGUGUAAUACAGCUAUUAAACAAGAUCGUGCAGAAAAAGCUCGCUCUCGACGUUCACGUAUUAUGGCGCGUAUGUCCAAUAUGCAAAAAAAUUUUAUGAAUUCAUUAUCUCAGAAUGAAACAGCAGCAAAUGAAAGUGAAUCAAUGAACGCCAAUGACCCUCAACUAAAUGAUAAUGGUAAUCAGCAAGCCAUGCAAACUGAUCCUGUCGUAGCAAGUGCAGUCCAGCAAUGUGCACUAGGACCAACAAGAUUGCUUGGUGGAGCAGCGUUUAUACUUGAUGGAUUAUCGCCAACACCGGGAGGUACUUCAGCUGCCCCCAAUGCAGAAUUAGUUACUUGCAAUCUGUGUUUGGAAGAAAUGCCAGAACAAGUCUCUAGUCGGAUGGUAAUGGCUGCGCAUGUGUGUCGGUCGUCAGUUUUAUCUUCCCGUGGAAUUGGUUGGUUGGAGGGUCCUGUUACAAUGGUCGUUGUCAGGCGUUUAUCCUCUGAGAAUCGUAUGAUUGAUUCACAAGCGUCAAUAUCUGUUGAUAAUCAGUCACAAACAGAAGACAGUGUUGACUUGGAAGAUGAUAACUACAGAAAACAGCUUCGUCCUUUUCUGGCUUCAGUGGCAACCACAGCUAUAGCCGCUUCUCGUGGAUCAUCAGUUUUUGGAUUCGGGUUGUUACCUGAGUUAAUUUGUGGUGUACGGUGUUUAGAAGUGAAGAAUGAUAACCUUUCUGAAGCUUCAUACUCUAUGGAUAUCGAUAGUGAUUAUACUGGAAUAGAUGAUAUAGUGUUGGCUGCGCAACAGAUGUCAGAUUCGCAUGAUAAUGGUCGCCUGAUAUUAGAUCCUUGGCACCCACGUCCUCUUGUAUCUAGUCGCGAUCCGAUUGCCGAAGAGGGUUCAUUCCUCUCCUUCUGUUCUCAUCCAAUGCAUGCUACUUGUAAGACAAAAUAUGCUAGACAGUUAAAAGGUCGCAUUGAUCAUAUAAAUCGUCGAAAUUCAUCUAUUUUGGUAUUUGACUUCCGCUGUCCUUUAUGCAAGUGCAUAUCCACGCUAGAUUUACCAAUAUUAGGUCCCGUCUAUUCAGAUUUACCAGUGGAAUGGUUAUCUUUACGAUUAUUACCUUCAGGAGAUCGUCAAUCAAAUCCCAAUAAUGUUGAUUUUCGACCAUUAAGUUCAUGGUUGUGUAGUCUAGCACGUUGGUUGGAAAUAUUUUCUGAUUCCAAGGAUUAUGUACUAGGUGAUUAUCUUCAGUCGGACUGCAGUCCUUUCACUGAAUGUACAUCUGCUGGUAAUUCUGAAGAACCGACGAUGAUUGAACCAUGCCUCUUGAAGGAUUAUUCAAUGCAGAAUGUCAAUAAUAUGAUUUCACGGAAUGUUAAUCUACUUAAGCAGUCUCUUUGUACUUUCUUUUCUCAACCAUUAGACAAAAUCCUAGUCGAUCUAGAUCUUACUCUACCUAGUUUAGAAGAUUUAGGGGUCAGCGAAAAUUGUGAAAUUGUAUCAAAGUUAGUUCACUCACUAGUGGAGAGAAUUAGGCAUAGCGUUAUUCAGCCAGAAGAGAAUAAUGGUGAUAAUGGGAAAUGUACCUCACAGGUAGACAGUGCAAGUGCAAGCCUUAGACGCAAUAUUAACAGUAUUCUAAAUCCAAUGACUCGACACUUUUUUACAAAUAGACGCUCUAGUAGACGUUCUUCAGAUACUAGUAAUAUUGCCGGUAAUUCAUCAAAUUCUGCUAAUAACAAUAAUACUACAAUAAAUGGUCGUAUUCAUUCAAGAAAUUUGCUUCCAUCGCAUUCUUCACCUUUGGUCACUUCUAAUUUAUUCACUUUUGUACAACGAUUAGCUAGUUUAUGUCAGCCUAGAUCAUUGGAUUCUCUAGUACAACGCCCAAAUAUUCGACGUGGCACCGAAGUUACGGAAGUAGUUGUUAACAAUGCACCUGUAUUAGUUGCUAUACCUGAUGAAGAUAAUCAAGUUGAAGGAGGAUAUGUUGAAGCUGACGAUGAAGUUCAAGUUAAUCUGUACGCAAAUAAUCCUACACUGCCAGUACCUGAUCAGAAUGUUCAAUUAGUUAUUACACAAACAGAAUACAAUACAACUGCCGACGAUGGCACUACUGGAGUUACUGUUACUGGUAAUUCUGUGACACCUUCAGUAACUAGUCCGAAUACAGAACAGUCGUUUAGAGACCAACUACCGUUUUCAUCAAAUAAUCCUAUUGAAACUCUAUCUGACGCUAUUGAAUUAUUCUAUUCAGAUUUUUUGAACUUAUACACAUGUCUACAUGCACAUGGUGCAAGUUUCCCAUAUACCACAACGACUAUGUCGCAACCACCACCAGCAACGACUCCAAGUUCCUCAAAAUCUACAUUAGCUGAGCUGGAAAGAAAGACUGCCUGCACGAAUGAUUAUAGGGGAAUUAUUAGUUCGUACGAUUUUCUUAAAAAAUAUGUGGAUUGUGUUAUUCAAGCUGCACGUAAUGUUGUGUGCUUAGCUUCUUCGGACUGGAGAGCAUUGAGACACAGUGUAGCGUAUACACUGAUUGUAUCUGAGCGAACUUUGAGACUAAACUGCUCUCAUGACAAUUUCUUUAAUGGUGGUCUUGCUGAACGUCGACUUUGUGGACUUGGGAAUUUAUUACGAGUUUCUUUCGCAGCCCAUUCACGUCAUGCUGUAGUUUCACGUGGUUGCCCUAUAUCAUGCGAUACAAAUGAUUCAAAAUCGUCUAAUCAUCGAUAUUGUUGGCCUCAUUUAAGAAGUCAUCCAAUUUUUUGGUGGUGGUGGUCUUAUUGUGUCCCAUUCGAUUCUAUACCUAAAUCACAACUUCAAGAUAUUCCCAGUGGGUGUCGUCUCAAUAAUCCCUCAACGAUAUCAGACAUUGCUGAAACAGCUGUCAGUGUUGCAGCCACCGAGGAUGCUGCCUUUUUAUGGCGCCUAUUAAUUCCACUAUCGGGAGAAUAUGCCAACAUUCAUUCUCGAGCACUUGAUGAUGACUGUUCACUGGAAGAAUUGAAACAAGAUACAUGUUCUCAGUCGCCACCAUAUUCAUCUAAAGGGAGCAUGAGUAAGCACCCUACUAGUGUACUUUGGGAUGUGGAUAUCACAUUCCUCUUUAUCAGCUUAUUGCAUUUACGUCCAGGUCUUGAGGGAAACGGUGUCAGUGAUUGUCAAUGUACGCGUUUAGCUCAAGAAGCUGAUUCAAAUAUAGCUUCAGAAUCUGGUGCAGCUUUAUUAGGAGCACACUUGCUUGCCUGUGAUGAGGGUAGACCACGUCAACCAAUUGGUGAUAGUCAUGAAACACACCUACUACGUCUAUGUUACACAGCUUUAUUAGUUCAAACACUAUUAGCUUGGGAACCUAAAAUGAAUUGUUUAGAUUAUUUAAAAAGUAAUAAUCUUAUACCACAGUCAUGUACAUGGGAUGAUGCAUCUAUUAAAUCUGUUAACUGGGACUUACCUGAGGUAAGUAAAUAAUAUUCUGAUGUUUCAACACAAAAUAUCACAAAUACUAGGUAUAGUCCAACGGCCCUUUUUUUGCUAUAGUUUUGUUCACCAUAAGGUUUCUCAAAUAUUUGAUAUGUGUUAUGCAAUGUUAUGCUGAUAUGAUGAUGGUGUUGUACAAGGUUUAGACGAAACACGCCAUUAAUCGAUCUAACCAUCUAUUAAAUACAAUCAGAUGAUGUUUACCGAAGAUUUUGUAAAAUUGUUAAUGAGAUUUUGAUUGUAUCAUCAUUUGAGUCAACAACCUUUGUAAUACUUCAUCGACGUUAUAUAUUAUUAUUAUUAUUAAUAAUUGCCUAACAGAAUUAUUCAUAUUCACUGUAACUCCACAGUUUGUGGUUCAUAUUUUGGUAAUGCUGAAUUUUUCGUUUAAAUAUAUUUUGUCUCUUUCACUUUUUAUAAAAAGUUACUGGAAGUGUGGGUGUUUUUACGCGGUCUCUCUGGACUUCCAUCAAUUGAUCUACCCCAUAAUGAUCCAGCUUAUUUAGCACAUUUGACGCAAUCAUUGAGUCUAUUUCUACGUGCAAAUUGCUUACCAUUCCUACGUAUUGCAGCCUUUGUUAUGCAUAAAAUCACAGGUGUCGAUGUUCCAGCUGAUUUUCGUCAACCGACUUCUGCGGAUAAUAUGUCAGGUUGUUCAUGUGUACUCUUUUAUUUUUAAAGUGGAGCGGUUCAAUCUUAUUGACAUUGACUUUAUUUAUCAUGUUACUGUAGCAUUUUUCAAGCGAUGUGAAUGGCAUUUUAGCGAAUUUAAUAUGUCACACAAUUUUCUGGGAAUAAUUUCAGUUGGCACAUUCCCAUUAAUAAAAUUGACUGUUUUGUCGACCAAACAUCUGUUGAAGAUGCAAUGUCGUAACCAACCUCUAUCAAUUGACACCGAAAAAAUGACUGCGUCUUUACGCCUUCGUAACGGUGCUUGCAUGUCUCAAUGUCGUCAUCCUCCACGAGCAUUUUUAACAGAUAUAGGUUGGUGAAUUGUUAGAGGUGGUCAGACCAAAAAAUGACACUAGUCUAUAAAUUCUUCUACCAUUAUUUUUGUAACAACAGAAGACAAGGGUCAAGCAACAGAUCGUUUAUUUAAGAAAUCAACACAUAUUUACAGAUUUUCAUGUACAUAUAAUAGAUUAUUGUUAGCAUAAAAACACAGUCUUCUGAUUGGUUGUUUUUCACAGAAAGUUAACCUUGAAUCUCUUUGUAACUGUUUUUUGAAUGCCAGAACAUCUAUAUGUUAACUGUGUCCGCCUGCGCAAAGCCUUUGUUUUCAUUCUGCACACGACCAAUAUCAGGGACAUAAACAUUGACGUGAAUUACUAUCCAACAAUUUGGUUAACUGUCCAGCUCUCACCACAGUUUCCCUCCAUGUAGGUAGGGUGGUGUGAAAUGUAUACCUGGGAUAGCGGAGAUGUUAAGAACCAGUAGCUUGAGAGUGCUUUUUAAUAUGGCUCAAAAUUGUUGUUAAUGGUACAGACGCAUUCACUCCCUAUGACCUCCCAUAUCCAUUAAUUUUUCAUCAUUAUUCAUGUGAUUUUAUCUUUCCCCAUUACAUUUACGUCUAUAAUAGUCUUGCACUUAAAAAAAAACUUUUAUGCCUGCUUUUGUGAAGUAUGGCAACUUGAACUGCUGUAAUUUUGUGUACAUUUCUAUUCUCAAAAUUUUAUCCUCCUUCCUGAAUCUAAAACCUACUUUGUGCCCGUGAAUAUCAACUCAAAUAAGCAUUUAAAAACUCACUUUGUAUUAGCAUUUCCACUAGAAAGUUUAGCUGCCUACUCUUAGUUUACCUUAAAAUAGAUAAUUGCCCAGUUCACAGCAUUUCCUUAUGUUUGUAAUAAUAUACAUUUGUUAAGGAAUACUUAUAAAACGUUUUCAUUUAGUAUUCUGCGAAAAAAUGGAAGGUAUUCACUUGAAAUAAAAAAGGAAGAGAUUCUGGCAAUUGUAGCGUAUUAGAGUCAAAAUAACUGAAUAGGGAAUGAAUUAGCCAGUCACGUCACUAUAACCCAGUUACCAACUCAGUUUAACUUCACUCAAUUCAUAGUGUGUAUAUCUUCACCACUGAGAAAUGCCGUUAGUGGAUAUCUAUUGUAUCUUUUGGCUUGAUAGAUCUCACUAUUUACAACUCUUUACUAAAGACUUAGGAUUUUCAUGCUAUUGUCAUACCUGUGUUUAGCAGCUGUCCACUAGACUUCUAGAUUUCAAAUGUUUCUGCAGCUGAUAUCGGUGCUUUACAAAAUCUGCUAUACAAUGUGGAUUUAUGUUAUGUAUGUUUCAUUGCUCGUUUUAUCAAAUUGAAAAUUAAUUUACUACUCACUAGCGACUGAAUAUUACCAGAGGGAGUUGUCUGGAGUUCUGGUGAAAAAUCGUGGGCCGUUGAGUUCCACCAAGUUAAGUGUGAGGGUAAGUACUCACCAAUAACCAUUGGCUUGCUGUGGCACUGCAUUUUACGAAUUGGGAGGAAUUAGAACAGUUAGGAUAUUAUGUAGUUUUAUAUUUAUAGGAUGGCUCAGUUUAUGGUUUCCUGUUUAUGCACUAUGAGUUUAUUAAAUGGUCAAUUUUCAUUUUAUUUAUUAUUUUCGGUUUUGCAGAUAAUAUGCAUGAACAUAGUCUACUCUUAGCCUAUUUAGGUUUACCAUCAACUCCUCGUGAUUUAUUGAGCCUUUUGUCAUCACCACUAUCGCCGUCACCAUCAUCAUCGGAUUUGAACUCGCUGCGUAGCGUAUCAGAAGCAAAUAUGUCUAUUCAAUCUACAAAUGUUUCUAUGCUAUGUGAAUCGUUAUGGCUGGCACGUUUAGUAACUAUUUGGUGUUUAACUGGAGAACAGUCAUUAAGUCGUAAAUUCUACAAUUCAUUGUGUUCAAGAUAUAUGAAAUCUUCAUUACUUGAUAAUUUAUUACCACCUUAUCCUAAUGUACAUUUACCAAGAUUAAUAGAUUUACCAAAAGAAUAUACUCAUCUCCUUUUAUUGGCUAUGGAUAUGGAUUGUCAUGCUGAAGGUCAUAUACAUAGCGACUUAAGUUUAUGUCUUGUUUGUGGACACUUGGCGUGUUUACUUUGCUAUGGUUGUCGUCAGUUCGAACAAAAAUCUAAUUCUAUUGGAGGAACAUUAACAUCUUCGAACUUUAAUAGCAACAGAAAUGUUAAUUCUAGUGGAAGUAAUCAGGAAUUCGCGGUUUAUCGUAUGCAAGCUCAUUCAAGACGUUGCCAUUCUGGUUAUAGUUUCUUACUACGUAUUCAUUCAUGCCGUGUAAUCAUGUUAUCAGAUCAAGCUCGCCGUAUGACAGAGGUGCCUGCACCAUACAGGGAUUCUUUUGGUGAAACUGAUCCAGAUUUACGCCGUGGAAAUCCUCUAUUUCUUGUGGAGUCAGAAUAUAGACAUAUCAACAAAUUAUGGGUUAGUCAUCAGUUAACAUCGAGUACAUCAUCUGAAUUGGUUACACCUUUGAACUUACAAUACGGUAUAUAUUAAUCAAAAAACGAGACUGGUUCAGUUGUCAUUUACAGUAUAAACAUUAUCACCAUUAUUAUUAUUAUUAUUAUUGCUAUAGUCAUCGUCAUCAUCAUCAUUUUCAUCACUUGUAACGUUAACACCAAAUUGACACUGAACAACUGACCAAUUGAAUCAUCUGCGACGAUUAUUAUCAUUACUACUCUCAUAAUCCUGUCCACUUUCUAAGUUACAAAGAAAAUACGUAAAUUUUAACAUGCGUACUGUAUGAGGUGAUCCUUUUUUGUGAGUGCAGGAUCUUUGAAAAGUUCUUUCCAGCCUGAAGGCAUCCACUUUUUUCCACCUCCUUAUAACCUCUACUCCAACUUGUGGCGUUUUUUCCACAGAUUUAUAUAUAUAUAUAUAUAUAUAU